UACGAACCCAUGACACAGCGCUCGCGGAACGCCAGGCAAGUGUCUUACCACUGCACCACGGAGACUGGUGGAGACCGACGAACAAACCCUGCCACCGGACUUCGGCGGGUAGGCGGUUCCAUGGGUUUAUAACCCUUUGGGAUUCCAGUAACAGGAAAAAUGCCCACAAGUAAAAGGCACAAGUAUAAGGAAAAGCAAGGAUGUAGAGUUAAUUCAGAGGUGUUUGUGUAUAUAAAUACAGGCCCUCAAAUCAAUGCUAGGGUGGAAUGGAAGCAAGUCAGUGACCACUCUGUCACCCAGGUAGAUCCUGAUUCUGGUGUUCCUGUAGGGAGAACAUAUACAUUUGAUAAAGUCUGUUUUGGAAAGUCAAAUGAGUAUAUGUAUGAGGAGUCAGUGAAGAGUUUGAUCAAAAAGUUCCUCUACAAGAAGUUUAGUGGUGCAGUUAUUCUUUAUGGCACCUCUCGUACAGGCAAGAGCAAAUAUUACAGGAAACUUUUCCACCUGGCCAUCAAUGAUAUCAUGAACUAUUUGAGGACCUUAACAAAUUCUUCGUGUGUGUUGAGGAUGACAUGUGUUGAUGUUUACAAGGAAAACGUGGAGGACUUGCUUGUCUGUGAUUUAUUUAAUGCCACACCUGCACUACAGCUAACUAGGGAUGCCAAUGACUUUGUUGUAUGGUCAGGUGCUAGAACACCAUUCAUCACAUCUAAAAAAGAGAUGAUGUUUUUGUGCAGAAAAGCCUACAUUGAGCAUAUAAGGCGAGGGAGGAAGGACAAAGAUCGCUUAAAGUCGGAUCAUACUAUUAUACGCCUUAUCCUGGAGAGUGCACCACACAGUACAAAAAAUGAUAAAUGGGAGGUCACAAGUAUGUUUACAUCCUACUUGGAUUUCGUACUAGUGGCUGGCUCAGAACUGACACCAACAUAUACAAGUUUGGCUGAAGAGCUAAAUGUGGACCUUCUCACCAAGUCGUUCUUUAGUCUUCAUAAUUUUGUUAACCAGACACAAAUGGAUAAAAAUGAACUCUAUGACAGUCGUAAAUCAACACUGAUGCAGAUACUUCGUGAGAUGCUGAUUGGCAAAGGUCACUCUGUGUUUGUGUGUUUUUGUGAUUCAGCUGACUUCCACCAUACUCGUGCUACACUCAAAUUUGGAGUGGCUGCCGCUCGGCUUAUUCAACACCCCAGGAAAAACAAAUAUCCUUUCUGUUAUAGUAUGCUAGGCACAAUUGCUAGAAAGUUAAAAGAGAAUGUGGUAGUGUUGAGGAAAAAUAGACUAAAAUUAAAAAGCAUAUUGGAAUUUGAGGUGAGUUAUACUCUUAAACUGUGGCUAAGAAUGGUUUGGUGCUUACUAAAUAAAUAUAAAUUUUUGUAUGCAUGUAUGUAUGUAUGUAUAGGUAAUUAUACAUUACCUAAGUGGUCCAUAAGCAUGGAAACUGAGAAAAAGCUUCAUGAACAAUUUGUGCAUCAGAUGCAUGACUACUUUACUGAAAUUAAGGUGCUUUUAGAUUUGGUUUUCCCACUACAUCAUAGUGAUAAACCAGUGGACCAAAUGCAGACAAGGAGACGUCCAGGUCGCAAGAAGAAAUGCAAUUCACAACCAGUAUAUUUAAAAUAUUGGGAGCCACUUGAGAAAAUAAAUUAUAUUGGCAAAUGGAAACCCCAUUAUCCAAGUAAUAAAAAAGAAAAGCAUCGAUAUGAUGAAAAUGAGACGCUGUUUAUAACAAAUAUCUAUGAUAAAAGGUUCUUGGAUAAUCCUAAAAUGAAGAACAUGCAGAAAGAUAAAGUUGGUUUACCAAUGUAUUAUAUGAUGACUGGAAGUAUAAAGAAACAUGACAAAAGUAAAUAUUAUGGGGGUUAUGUUGACAUUAAAGGCCUUGAGGCCAGAAGGUGCGAUGAUGGCACGAAAGAAAGAAAGCAGAUGUCUUUCAUAAACUAUGUGAAGGGACCCUUGAUUAUUUCCAAGAACUGGAUUGCUCACAAUCUUCACAAAAUCUCUGACUGCAACUUAAUUAAUGAAGCCUAUUUACCGAGAGAUCACAAACCCAUGAAGGUUUAUUUUCCACUGAAUAAGCUAAAACCAGCUGAGCAUAUUGGUUGUGCUGAAGAUGGUUAUACUCAUUACCACCGACUCUUGUGGUGGAUACUUCGCCACAUUUAUGACACAGGUGCUAUAAUUUAUGAGAAUGAAAAAGAAAUAUUGCAAGUUAAAAUGCCAGAUUUUAUUGCUCUAAAAGAAGUUUUCAUCAACCUGUAUUUGACUCCAUAUCGUAGAACCAUAAGACACUGGAAGAUUAAGGCUGUUACGUAUGAUGAUGGCAGAGUUUAUAUUCAAGAUGAUCAUUCUUUAAAAAGAAAAAAAAACAAAAUAUCCCACGAGGCAGCUUUCAAUGCCUUCUUACGAGGGCAAGUACUACCUCAGAAAGAGGAUUGUUGCUACAACAAGGAAAGUGUUAAAUACAGAGGAGAUUACUGGAAUGUCUGCUGGGGUGAAGUAGAUGGCUUAGGUUUGUUGUACAGUUCUAAAGUGGAUAUAAUGGACCAUUGGACUAAGCUAUUCCAGUGGCAUAAACCACAAUCAGGUUUAGAAAUAAAUGUUGUCCCCCCUGAGGCUGAUGCUCAUGAAUAUAAAAUUAGAAUUGCGGAAUCGGUGAGAACGGUCACAUAUAAGACCCAUCUCUACAAAGCACCAGCUGACACUAAAUCAUGGAAAGAAUACCAGUGGAACGAGAUGUUAGAUUGGUGGGCAGACUACCAGUUUGGAGGAGUUCCCAACAUAAUAGGUGGUGAGGUUGAGGGAGAGACGGUAACAGCUUUGAGGUUAUUUUCUUCUGCCAAUCUGCCUCUUUUAGCAAAACUCUGGUGCUGUAAGGAAUCUGGUUGGGAUCCCAAUAUUUGUGAAAAAUAUAUGUCCUCAGUUCUGCGUUUCAUCAAAAUGUGUUGCAGCAAGAUUCCUAGAGAGGUCUUAUCCUUUGAACUAAAAGAGAAUGGUGAUGUUGUGUGCAUCAAGAGAAAUUUUACCAUAAAAAACAAAAAUUUUGACCCCAACCAAAUUUUGCCAAAAGAAUUCAUUCAAGAGGUAUAUCCAGAGUCUGGAAAGAAAAGGAGACCAAAACCUAAGAUAAUGACAGACCAGCCAAUCCCUAUGCGUCGUAGAAUUAAUAAAAGAAAAAAUGCACCAGCGUGGCAUCAUUUUCUGCAUUACAAACCAGGAGAUAGCUCUUGCUCAGGCACGUCAUCAUGCUCACCAACAGUAGCAGCAGUAUUUGGUUUACAGUCUCCACACUCCUCUGAUGACCAAAUGAAAGCAAAGAAGUACAGGUAACCUCUUGUAAACCAAGACAGUAAUGAUGGACAGUGUGACAAGAAAUCAAAUAUUAAAGCAAUGUUAUACAGGUUAUAUAAUUAAAAACAAACCAGAAAAUUGAUAGUUGAACAAUAUAGGCCAAACAGAAUACCUGAAGUUGAGGAUAGAAAGAAUUACACAAGUUGUCUGAAUACAAAGGGGAAGAAAAUACUCAAGAGUUAGGAAGUUAAAUUAGAUGGCAAGUUCAUUAAGUGAAGAAUCUUAUGAAAAAGUUAACGGGAACCAUAUCCAAGAAGAAGAAAGGUAUAAUUUCUAAGAACAUUCCCCCUCCCCGCUCAGCUCGUUGUCGCCGUGUGGGGGCUUAGUGGGCG